CGAAAUCCUGAAUUCAUUCCGUUGCAUUUGGGAUCGGAUUGGUUUUGAUCCCAGAUGUUGGGUUUAAUCGCAUGGGAAAUCCCGUCAUGUUCUUGAAGAUUUUUACUUCUUUAUCUGUAUUUGGUUUAACUUAGUGCCUAACAUAUCCGGUUGAUGGUAGUCAUCAUGAUGGAAAGUGGAGGAAAGUGGUUGAAAUUGGGAAUUAAGGCUGUGCUAAAACAAUUUGGAGGGGGUUCGUUUGGAAGUUCUGAAAAUGUAAGUUUAGAUGAGGCGGAGCUUCGGCAGCACAAUCGAAUCGAAAAGCUUUACACAUCCACCCGCUCAUGCAAGCAUUUCCAAAGGGAUGUUGUUCGUGGUUUGGAAGGCUACAUCGUUACAGGCUCGAAGCAAGUAGAAAUUGGUAACAAGAUGGCGGAAGACAGUAGAAAGUAUGGUACUGAAAAUACCUGCACAAGUAGUAACUCAUUAACUAAAGCUGCAUUUAGCUUUUCUAGAGCACGCACACAAAUGGUGAAGGAACAUGAACAUUUAUUGAGAGUUCUUGGCACCCAGGUUGCUGAACCUUUAAGAGCAUUGAUACUGGGUGCUCCUUUGGAGGAUGCUCGACAUCUUGCUCAGCGCUAUGGCAGACUGCAUCAAGAGGCUGAAGCUCAGGCAGUUGAAGUUUCAAAACGUAGGGCAAGAGCGAAGGAAGUACCUGGAAAUAUUGAUAAUAUUGCAAAGUUGGAAGCUGCUGAAACUAAACUAGAUGAUUUGAAAUCAAACAUGAAAGUCCUUGGCAAGGAAGCAGCAUCAGCAAUGCUUACUGUUGAAGUUCAACAACAGAAGCAAACAUUACAGAGGAUCAUUGCAAUGGUUGAAGCGGAACGCAUUUACCAUCAAAGGAUAGUACAAAUCCUUGAGCAGCUUGAAGGAGAGAUGGUGCUUGAACGCCAGAGAGUAGAAGCAUCGCCAAAUCUGGCAUCACCAAGUCGAGUAUCACCAGCUCCAGUCAUAGAAAACCAAAUGCCGCCGCCUCCUUCAUAUGAAGAAGUCAAUGGCAUCCCUUCUUCAGGUGCCAUUGAUGGAACAUCUGAUUCCAUUGAGUUUUUCUUGGGAGAGGCCAUGCAUUCAUUUCGGGCUGAGUCAGAUGUGGAGCUUAGUUUGUCAGCCGGGGACUGCAUUGUUGUCAGAAAGGUUUCCAGCACAGGUUGGGCGGAAGGCGAAUGCAGAGGGAACGCAGGCUGGUUUCCUCUCGGACAUAUUGAGCGAAGGGAGCGUGUCCUUGCAAGCAAAAUAUUAAAAGUCUAGCCAAACAUAUAUAUAUAUAUAUAAU